AUGUUUUGCAUUUUAAAUUCUGUGUUUCAGAGAGAGGAGGAUAUUGCAAGAAAUAAAGCCAUAAAGGAGAAGAAGAAGAAAGCGAAAGAAGAGCAGUUAAAAGACACAACAAAGCUGGAUGUAGAGCAAGAAGAAGAAAAAGAGGAGAAGGAAGAAUUACCUCCUAUCUAUAUCCCUGAUCCACCAAGUCCUCUCUGCUGCGGCUUCUAUUCACAGCCUGGACACUUCUGGCUCUCCAUGGGAGGCUUUGACUCAGGCUUCUUAUAUCACUGUAAGUUCUCUGAGAAUCAAGACGAGGAUCCUGAGCAGCGGCAGGAUGAACCAUUCAGCUUUCUGCCUGUACAUAACGCAGAGGAUGACCCCAUCUGUUCCAUCACCUUCAGCUCCAACAGACAGCUGCUUCUCUGCGGCAUGAACUCGGGCUCCAUCAGGAUUUAUCCCCUGCAGCCUGGUGAUCACAGCCUCACGUCCAUGCAGGCUUACUGGACUCUCAGCAUCCACGACAACCAGUAUGGACACCUGCGACACAUCUGCUGUAGCCACGACGACCUGUAUGUGCUGACAGCGGGAGAUGACGGGAACAUCUUCUCCUUCAGCCUGCUUCCUCCAGAGGAGAUGCAGCAAAGCCUGCAGAGAAAGAGAGCCAAGAUUCCUUCACCCAAGAUAACUCUUGGGAAUGAGACUGAGGAUAUUGAAGAUCCAGCAGCCUACAGCUUAGAGAUGGCUAAGCAAAAGCUGCAAAAUGACCAACUGCAAAAGGAGGCUGAGCUAAAGGUUUCUGAAAAGCAGAAGAACCUGAGUGAACUCCAGAAGAAAUUUAAGAAAGUGCUGAAUGACAACCAGAAUCUGUCGGAGCACAUUCGCUUGAAACCAGAGGAGCUGCAGCUGGACCAGCGAUGUUACAAACAGGCAGAGAGGCUAAAAGCCCAGCGCGUGAUGGAGGUCAGGAAGCAGCUAGCCUGGGAGCAGGAGCGCUGCAGCAUAGCACUCAAAAAACUACAGGACUGGUUCAGGAACUCUCUUGGUGGAAAAAUAGUCAUUGUGGUUGCCACCCAGACCAGCCACAGAGUCUCCACUUACCAUUUACCGGAGCCUGCCGAGCUUUCAGCUCAGGUCAGGCAUCGGAGAACAACCAGAGAGCCUGUUGGACACAGAGAUGCUGCACUAGAUUGUAGGAAAGUCAGAGCAGAGACUGCAAAAGGCAGCACCAAAAUUGACGAGGAGGAGGUGUUAUGCCAUCCAGUGAUUCGUACAGCAAAGAUCAAGCUGGGAGAUCGUCAGGAAGAGAGACUUCGAAAGGCUGCAGAGAAAGCUGAGCAAGCUCGAGCCAAAAUAGAAAAGAAGAAGCAGGAAUGGGCACAAAUUUACGCAGAGAAACCAAGUGAGGACUAUGAAGAUCCGAAGGACGUGGAAGCCAUCCGUGAAGCCAAAGAGAACAUCGGGGACUACAUCGGGGUGAAACACCGGCGGGUGAACGCGGAGAUGAAGAGAGAAGAACUGAUUUCCUUGGAGGAAAAUAUGCAUGAAAAGCAGAGUGAGGUGAACAGACGGAUCGUGGCAUUGCGGGACUCCAAACUUCGUCUGGUGUCUUGGUUGCGUGCUCGGGCUCAGCGGCUGCAGAAGGUCCAGCAGCGCCUGGCGGUUCAUCUCCGCCGGCCUCCACCCAUCCUGCCCAACAUGUUAACAGAGGAAGUGCCAGAGGAGAAGCUGCGGUACAGCCACUCCACCUUGGAGCGAUACCGGUCACUGAGGGAGCAGAGGUUUAGAGAUUUGGAGCAGGAGGGAGCAGCAAGUUUGUUGGAGCAGCUGGAGAAAGAAAUGGAGGCGGAUAAAAAGGAAGAAGAGCAGAGGAGAGAUGUAGAAGAAACUCCCAGAUUGUCUGUUUCAUCUGUAACCAGAGAAGAAGAGGAGACACCAGUGGACGAAGGAUCAGAACUGAGCGAGCUGGAGGAGGAGCUUCAGAAGGAGGAGGAGAUCAGACUGCUGUAUGAGCAGAACACUCUGCUGGAGGAGAUGGAGACUGCGGUUUGUCAGUUUGACGCGGAGCUGCUGCUGCUGUGUCAACAGAAGCUGCAUCUGGACUGGCGGCUGAAGCUGGCUGACCUCCGCCUGGUGACGCUCUUUCAGGAGAUGCUGCUCCUCAAACAAUUUCAGAGGAGAGAGGGAGGCUUACAUGGGAAGCUCAACACCUGCAUUACGGAGGAGAACAGCAUCACAUCAAAGCUGGGAGAGUGCAAUGAACAGCUGGAGAUGAAGAGGAGAGACAUAGCCAAGCUGCAGGAGAGGGAGAAGGCUCUGACCGCUGCCUUCCAGGCUUCGCUCGGGGAAAACAAUAAGUAUGAAGAGUUUCUGACCAAAGUCUUCAAGAAGAAGAUCAAACAUGUGAAGAAGAAGGAGCAGACGGGAAAUGAAGAAGAAGAGGACAGUGAGGGAGACUCUGAAGAAGACGAUGACUGGGAUGAUGAUUAUGACAGUGAAGAAGGAGGAGCUGCUGUGAAUGACAGUAUUUGCCCUGAAGGCUGUGAACCUGAGCUGUUUGAGAACACACUGCAGCUGCGUGAACGUCGACUGGACCUGGAGGAACUGUUAACAGAGGAGAAAAAGAGCGCUGAAGCUCUGAAGAAGGAGAACGACAACCUCGCAAAAAAGGAGAAAUCGGUGAAGAGCAGCCGGGCUGCACUAGAAGACGACUUGGAUUUAAUCAACAGGGAGAAACUGCAGAAAAUCAGUGAACUGGAUGUUGUGGUUCCUCUGAGAUUGCACCAGAUUGAGUAUGUUGUUAAUGGCUCAGUGCCGUCAGAUCUGAGCGAGGCGUUGGUGCUGGACAAGAGUGAGCUGGACAGGCUGAAGGGGCGCAUCCAGCAGCUGCAGGGGGAAAAGCUCCAUCAGAAAGAUCUGCACCGUCAAGCUCGCCAGCAGCACACCAAGCUCAUCCACGACCACAGAAACAUGGCUGCCACGAUCCAGACACUGGAGCAGCAAUGCAACGAGUUGAUGAGAACAAAGUUUGGGAGGCUCGUGGAUUUGGAAGCUUUGCAGAUGCUGUCGGGGAACAGGAGGCUGGAGGAGCUGAAGCAGGAAAAACUCCUCAAAGAAGCUGCAUACGCCAAGGAGAUCAGACAGUGGGAUGCUAAGGUAGAAGAGGCACGUCAAGCUGUGAUGGAGGUGACCACGUGUAAUACGGAGCAUCUCCGCAGUGCAACGAGUCUGAAUGAACAGAAGAAGGAGCUACAGCUUAUACUCAGCACCAGCCAAAAGAAAAUGGGCAGACAACAGUUCCAGGACUACAGGAGACGCACAGACCAGGAGGCUAUCCAGAAUCUCCAAGACCUGGUGAUAAAACAGUCGCAGCAAGCUGAAGCCCUCAGGAGAGAGAUCCACCUCCUGUCGUGCAAAGGGGGUCACAUGUUGCCCCCUGAUCAGACCAGACUGCCACCACUUUCCCCCUUGCGCACCCCCAUAGGCAGCAUCAACACUGGAAAAUAAAGAAUGUCCACAUAGCGCA